AUGAAAAUUCUGGUGUGUGGAGAUGUGGAGGGUCACUUCAAGCAACUGUUUAGCAGAGUCCAGAGCAUCCUCUCCAAGAACAAAGACUUUGAGCUGCUGUUGUGUGUUGGAUCUUUCUUUAGCUCUGGCUGCCAGGAGGAGUGGAGCAAGUAUCGGGAGGGGGUGGAAACAGUGCCUCUACCGACGUUCAUCCUUGGCCCGUGUUGGACUGAGCAUGGCCAGUUCUAUGGAGACUUGUCACGUGAUGGAGGAGAGCUUUGCCCCAAUGUCACAUGUCUAGGUCAGCGUGGAGUGUACAGUGCGUCCAGUGGUCUGAGGGUGGCCUAUCUCAGUGGGAGCUACCAGGGGAGGACCUAUCAGCAUCAAGACAAGGGAGAUAAUCUAUUGCGACCAUAUUUCACUGACUCUGAUGUGUCCUGGCUGGAGGGUGAGUGCAGUGGAGAGGGCUACCGUGGAGUGGACAUUCUCCUCACCUCUGAUUGGCCCGGGGCAGUGGACAAGUUCACAGUGGCUCCUGACGGACUGGACCUGAGUGCAGUGGGGGCAAAGCCUCUGAGUAAACUGGCCAUGUGUCUCAAGCCACGCUACCAUUUUGCAGCUCUACACCAAACCUUCUAUGAGAGAAUACCGUACAGGUACAGUACAACCAUCCCUGUAUUAUUAGAGUACUAG